AUGCAUUAAUUCUUUACCUAAAAUAGAAUAUUGGCUUAAAUAACUAAUGUAACAUUUUUAUAUCAUUUAUGCUAUUUGGUUUUGGCAGCUCUAUCAUUUUUGGCAUCACCAUUUAUUUCCUUAUUACUUUUUGACAUAGUUCCAAGAGUGAAAGUAAAUAAAUUAAUUAAUUUUAGGGUUUAAAAAAAGUAUUAGAAUCUGUUUUUGUAAAUAUUGGCAAAAUAAUUCUCAUAUUUUAUUUAGCAUUGAUAGUAAUUCAUUGUUAUGCUUUCUUGGCAUUUUUAAUAGAGGAUAUAUCAGUAUUCCAAGAAGAUUAAAGUUUGGAACUUCCAUUCAUUACUAUUUUCCUAAGAUUUUUUGGGAAUGGAUUUAGAUUAUAGAAUGCUUUUAGUUAAACUGAUGUGUAUCCUGAUUAAUAAUGGGGUAAUUAUAUAUUUUUGGUAACUUUUUUUUUGGUUGUUUUUAUUAUUUGUUUUGCUUUAAUAAUAAGCAUUAUUACAGGACAAUAUUCUCAUAAAAAUCUAUUAUCUAAAAAUUAAAAGAAUAAAUCUUGUAAAAUUUGUAAUAUAUCAUAUUAUUAAUGUCGAGAAAAGUAUAAAAAAAAUAAUAUUUUUUAGAAAUAUAAGUUGGCAAGAACAUAUAGAAAAGGUGCAUAAAUUAUCAGCAUAUUUAUUUUUUAUAAUAUGUUUGUAAUAGAAAUAGGAAUUAAAUUAUGUUGAAAGAGAAAUUGCCAAAAAAUUACUCGAAAAAGAUAUGUCUUGGUUACCCACAAUUUGA